AUGGCAUGUCGGAUCGGCCCCCACGUGCUGCAAGUCGGGCCGAGUGAGGAUGUCAAGCUCAUGGAGCCCGCUAACGACCUUCUGGGCACUGGCAGGCUGAAGCAAAGGCUGAAGGAAGAGGGAUAUCUGUACUUACAGGAGGUUCUGCCCUUGGACUUGGUGUCAGCUGCCCGGAAGGCGGUUUUGGCCAGCCUGGAGGAUUCUGGCAUGAUCUUGGAGGGCACGGAUGGUUGUCUGAACCCAGAAACACAGGACCAAGGCGCAGUGCCUGCGGAGUUGGCACGCUGUCCUGAGAUGCUCUCCCUGGUUGAGAGCGAGUCUCUGAAAGGACUGAUGGCUGAAGCACUGGGUUGCGAUGAGUUCGAUGGCAAAGGAGUGAGAACUUUGGAUUACAAGUGGCUUCGGGCGGUGGGCUUGGGGGAGAACAGUGGCUUCCACACGGACUCGGUGUACCUCAACAAAGGAAGCCGCCAAGGAUUGACUUGCUGGAUUCCACUGGGAGAUGUCGACUUUCAGAUGGGCGGACUUUGUGUUGUAGGUGGCUCACAUUCAGCACAGUCCUAUAAGAAGGUUCGAGAGACCUACUCUCAGAUCGAUGUGGACACGGCAGGGAUCCAUGGAACUGGGUGGUUUACCGAAGAUGUUCGAGAAAUUCUGGCAUACCGAUGUCCCCUUCUGACCUCUGCAUUCCAACUGUCCGACGUCGUCAUCUUCCGUUUAGACACAAUGCACGGUUCGCUGUCAAAUCACAGCGAUCCACCCAAAGUGCGCCUGUCGUGUGACACACGCUGGUAUGCAGCAGAUGAUACCGACGGCGUAGAUCCCAGGUACAUGGGAGAGAAGCCAUGUGGCACUGCACUGUGGUGGGUGAACAGACACAACAAGGACCUGUUCCCUGUGUCCAUGGAGGAAGCAAAGUGCAAGUGGGGUGUGCGACUUCCAUGCACUUCAGCUGAUUAA